AUGGACGUCUCGUCACGGUCCCGACAACCUGGCUCACCUCCGACUAAGCGGCGGAAAGCACAAUUGGUCUGCAACUCCUGCCGUGAAAGGAAGACCCGCUGUGAUGGAGUCCAGCCGGUUUGCUCCCCGUGCCAGAGUCGCGGCCAAUCAGACUUCUGCCAGUAUCAGCAGUCAGCCCUGAAGACACAGAGAUAUGUCACUGAGCUAGAGAGAAGGGUAAAGGAGCUCGAGAAAGGCAACGCCGUGUUGUUGGCUGCAAGGGAAACGCGUGAUAAGGGCCAGCGUUCAAGUGGCUUGACUCCGCAGCUGCCUCUUGCACGAACGAAUGAGCUUGGGACCUCUCCUUCGCAAACGCGUCCACCAUUUUUGGACCACCGCGAGGAAUAUGCUGCUAAGGCUGGCUUGACCGUGGAUGGGCUAGCCACUGUGUCUCCGGUGCCUCUCCAAGCAAUCGAGUCGGUCUCGUUUGGUAAUUCCUCAACAAUCGCAUUCCUGCGCAAUCUACUCUCCAUGGUAGACGGCACCACAUCACUUCAACAUCCACCGAACAACCUCGCGGAAUCUUUUGCGCCAGUGUCUGAAGCAGAGGAUCUGGAUCUUACAACAUUGACCUUACCUAACCGUCAACUUGCAGACAGCGUUGUUGACUCAUUCUUCGCAAUCGUCCAUCCUCUCUAUCCCGUUCUACAUCAACCUACAUUUACAACCCAUUAUCAUGCCCUCUGGACGCCUACCGCGAGCUUGCAGAAGGGAACAAGGAUACGUCAAACCCCUUUACUCUGGGCUACCGCGAACCUUGUGUUUGCCUUAGGCUCUCAGUUCAGCGAGCUUGUCGAGCCGUCCGAGAGGGCGCGUAUAUCUUCACAGUUCUAUCGGCGCGCGCAUGACUUGUUGGCGGGCCACCUGGCUGACACUUGUUCGAUGGAGGGCGUACAGGUCUUGCUCCUAAUAAGCAUAUAUCUUCAGUCUACACAUCAUGCCAGCCGGUGUUGGAAUAUACUCGGACUCGCAAUCCGUUCUGCACAGGGGCUGGGCCUUCACCUUGAGCAACGACAUCAGUCAUGUCCUACACAACUUCAAAGCGAGAUUGGCCGAAGGGUCUGGCACAAUUGUGUUAUUCUGGACAAGCUGCAGUCGAUGACAUUUGGCCGACCAUCAAUGCUCACAAAAUCAGCCGUGAAGCCUCCAGUGGCAGUAGACGACGAGUAUCUCGCCUGUGGUGUUCAGCCGACGGGUCAAAGUUCGCGACUAUCAUUCUUCGUUCUCUCUAUAGACUUAUUUGACAUUCUGUCAGAUAUUCUCGCUACCGUCUACUCCUCGGAGGAUGGGAAGUCGUCCAGCGAAGGCAGCACGAACAACCUCCACGAGGUUAUCAGAUUGAGUGCGGCUCUUGAUAAGUUUGCGUCUAGCAUUCCUCGCCAUCUCCAGUUUCAUGCCCCGCACCAGCACGAAAGCGCCGAGGAGCACAUCGACAAAGUUUUUAAGUUACAGUCUAAUGUCCUACAUUGUCGCUACCUAUAUGCACGCCUUAUACUACUCAGGCCUUCACUUCUCUCGGCCUGUGCAGAUGCUCAGUCAUCAAAUCAUCUGCACGGUGCGCAAGGCGUGGCGGGUUCAUUGGAGUCACAGCUCAAUGCUCGAGCUUCAAGUGUCUGUGCCGAUGCUGCCAGGUCGCUUGUUGCAGCUAUCCACGCGAACAUGCACUCUGUUUUCCGCAAUUCUGUUUGGUACACGGUCUACUUCACUUUCUCUGCAGCCACUGUCCUCGUGGCAUCAAAGAUCUACAACAUUCGUCGCCUCCAAGACUUCAGUGAGUCGACCUGGGAAAGUUCGGACUAUCAGGAAACUUGGGGGAAGAUUAUUGAUAUACUGCGCUACCACGAAGAUCGUAUCAGCUCUGCAGGGCGUGCGAAGCAAGUGCUGGAGGCGCUCGGUUCAAAGGUUGAGGCUAUGGGCGAACGGUCGCACCUGACCACUUCCGCGGCCGAGAACAAUUCUUUCCGCGCUGAUCCUGAGCGUCGCGACUGGACCGCAGAAGACUUUAGCAUUCUCAAUCUGAGCAAUGCCUGGUUCAUGCAGGAAAUCACGAACCUGGAUUUCCUCAAUAUCGGCACCGAUAUCUAG